UGUCAAUUUGUCAAAUUAAUGUGAAUUGUGACGUUUGCUGAACCUCAAUCAAGUAAAUUUCAAUAAAUUUUUACAAAAUAUAAUUCAAUUACUAAUUUAAAAUGUCGGAAAAUGGCCACCAUGCGUAAAAAGACUCAAGUUUCGUUUGUGAUUCGCGACGAGGAAGAAAGGAGGCAUAAAAACGGUGUAAGUUCUUUACAAUUGGACCCGAUACAGGGGAGGCUCUAUUCAGCCGGUCGGGAUGGGAUUAUCCGUGUUUGGCACACUGGGGGAGGUACACAGGACCGGUACAUACAGAGUAUGGAACACCAUACCGACUGGGUAAACGAUAUAGUGCUUUGCUGUGGUGGUAAAAAUCUUAUAAGUGCAUCCUCCGAUACCACCGUAAAGGUAUGGAAUGCUCCUAAAGGCUUCUGUAUGUCCACACUAAGGACUCAUAAAGACUACGUACGAACGUUAGCGUAUGCUAAAGAUAAGGAACAAGUCGCUAGCGCUGGCUUAGAUCGUGCAAUAUUCUUGUGGGAUGUCAAUACUCUAACAGCACUCACUGCGAGUAAUAAUACGGUCACCACAUCGAGUUUAGUGGGCAAUAAGGAGUCUAUAUACAGCCUUGCCAUGAACCCUCCGGGCACAAUCCUCGUUAGUGGUUCUACGGAAAAAGUACUCAGGGUAUGGGACCCCAGAAACUGUUCGAGGCUCAUGAAGUUAAAAGGUCACGCAGAUAACGUCAAAGCGCUAGUCGUGAGCAGAGACGGGUCUCAAUGUGUAUCGGGAAGUUCCGAUGGUACCAUAAAGCUAUGGUCAUUAUCACAACAGAGAUGUGUGUCAACAAUUCGAGUUCAUUCUGAAGCCGUUUGGGCUCUCUUAGCCACUGACAACUUUACUCACAUCAUAUCUGGCGGAAGGGAUCGUCUAGUCAUUAUAACUGAACUCCGAAACCCAGACAACUUCAUGAUAGUUUGUGAAGAGACUGCACCUAUUCUUAAAUUGUGUUUCACUGCCGAUCAGCAAGGUGUGUGGGUCGCAACGUCUGACUCUGACAUCAGGUGUUGGAAGCUGCCACCUCUUAAUUCACUAAACUCGGACAUGUACAAUCAAAAUAAUUACAACACGAAUAAUGUUUAUCAAACACAACCUUUGCACCAUAUAGCUGGUGGAAGAGCCAUAAAACACUACACUGUGCUCAACGGAAAACGGUAUAUAUUAACAAAAGACACAGCCAAUAAUGUUGUUUUAUAUGAUGUGUUAAAGGCGUGUAAAGUGGAAGAUUUAGGGGAAGUUGACUAUGAGGAAGAAGUAAAGAAGUGUUUCAAAAUGAUUUAUGUACCGAAUUGGUUUAAUGUUGAUUUGAAAACUGGUAUGCUCACGAUACACUUGGGGCAGGAUGAAACAGACUGUUUCAGUGCCUGGGUCAGUGCUAAGGAGGCAGGGUUGACGACUGAGAUGGAUCAGAAAGUUAACUUUGGGGCACUGUUGCUACAAGCCUUGUUGGAGCAUUGGAAUCACCCCAACAGAGUGAACGAGGCGGGGCAGAAGGUGAUUGGAAACAACUUCUUCAGUGUCCCAUUGCACACACCCCUAAUUUUUAGUGAAGUUGGAGGCAGAACACUUUAUAGAUUACAGGUAGGUGAUGCUGGAGGUGAGACUGAGAGCAAUCUGCUCAUGGAGACGGUACCAUCGUGGGUGGUGGACGUAGCCAUAGAAAUGGCAGCUCCUAAGCUAAACAAACUGCCAUUUUACCUGCUGCCACAUUCCAGUUGUCAAAGCAAGCAAGACAGGCAAAAGAAGGACCGAUUAGUAGCAAACGACUUCAUCCAAUGUCGCAAAGUAGCGGAACACGUGGUGGAGAAAAUCGUCGGCGGCGGAGACGUGAACGGAGCGAGCGCGGGCAAGAACAGUGAGGACAGUGCCAAUGACUCCCCUGAGGAGAGAGUCGAGUUGCUGUGCUGUGAUCAGGUAUUUAACAAGAGUCUAUGUCGCUAUUUUUGUACUAAGAAAAAGGUCAAAGUUGUUGAGAAAAAACAUUGUAAUAUUGGUACAAUAGGUCACGUAGAUCAUGGGAAAACUACUCUGACUGCUGCCAUAACUAAAGUUUUAUCCAAAGAUGGGUCGGCGAAGUAUGUUUCGUAUGACGAGAUUGACAAGGCACCGGAGGAAAAGGCGAGAGGGAUAACGAUUAACGCGGCGCACGUCGGUUACAGCACAAAAACACGUCAUUAUGCACACACAGACUGCCCUGGUCACGCAGAUUACAUACGUAACAUGAUCUCUGGUGCAUCACAAAUGGAUGCAGCAAUACUGGUCGUAGCUGCCAAUGACGGACCAAUGCCACAGACGAGGGAGCAUCUGCUAUUGGCCAAACAAGUUGGGAUACAGUAUUUAAUUGUGUAUAUUAAUAAAGUGGAUUUAGUUGAUGAGGAUAUUGUAGAGCUGGUAGAAAUAGAGAUGAGAGAAAUGCUGUCGGAUUUUGGUUAUGAUGGAAACAAGGUGCCAAUGGUUUUGGGAUCAGCUUUAAAAGCUCUAAAUGAUGACAACUCAGAGAUAGGUGUACCAUCAAUACAAAAACUUCUAAAUACCAUAGACAAUUACGUCCCACCAAUCAUAAGAGACCUAGAAUCACCAUUCCUAAUGCCCAUCGACAAUGCAUUCACAGUACCUGGUCGAGGUACAGUGGUAGUUGGUACAAUCAAAAGAGGUGUUAUGAAGAAAAAUGAUGAAGCAGAAUUGAUGGGAUUUGGACAAAAUAUUAGAACUACAUUAUCAGACUUACAGAUUUUUAGAUCCAGUGUGCCUGAGGCUAUAGCAGGCGAUAACGUCGGUGUUCUACUCCGAGGUAUGAAGCUGCGAGCAGUAGAGACGGGCAUGCUUCUCUGUGCGGCCAGAAGCGUCACUCUCAGUAAUCAUUUCAAAGCGAAGGUGUACUUCUUGGCGAGGAGCGAAGGCGGUAGAAAAAAGCCGAUAUUCUCCAAAUAUUCACAACAGAUGUUCAGUGGCACUUGGAAUAUUGCCUGUCGGAUAGAUUUAGAACCUACCAUGGAUAUGAUGAUGCCAGGCGACCACGGCGAAGUAUACUUGACCCUUUUAGAAUCCAUGGUGAUGACGCAAGGCCAGCCCUUCACGAUACGAGAAAACAAUGUGACAGUCGCUACGGGCAUAGUGACUGAUACUUUGAAAUCCGUUGAUGUGCCCAAUGGGAAGUUAGGGAAAGUUGUACUAAAUCAUGAUAAGUAGGUAAUACCAGUAAGAUCAGUCUAUAAGGCCAUGUGAACGACGUGUUUAGUUCAAAAUUUAAACCACUUCAACUGUUCCACUUUUGUAUGUACCUACCUGUUUUGUUUUGAAAGUGGUUUCUGGUAUGAUAAACGUUUAGGCCUACUAGGCUUAAACUUAUGACAAAUGUAAAUAUGAAAUUAGAGAAAUUAGAGUAAGAGUCGUAAUACUUAGGUCGUUAAUAAAUUAUUUAAUUGUUA